AUGACUGAUUUACAAGCAAUAGGUGGAGUUAAGAAACUCAACCAUCAGAAUAACAAAACAUGGAUGACAUGUAUGACUUCCUACAUGGAAGGUCAAGAUCUUUGGGAGGUCGUUAAUGGAAAUGAAGUCAAACCAGGGGAAGAAGAACCAAAUGGCACAUUGAUAAAAUGGAAGAUUAAAGCAGGAAAAACAUUAUUUGCUCUCAAGACCACCAUCGAAGAAGACGUGUUGGAACAUAUACGUGAUGCUGGAACACCAAAAGAAGCUUGGGACACACUGGUUGCACUCUUUUCAAAGAAGAAAAACACACGACUACAACUUUUUGAAAGUGAGUUAUUGUCGAUAGCUCAAAAUUAUAUGAGCAUUGCGCAAUACUUACACAAAGUGAAGUCGAUAUGUCGUGAAAUUUCAAAAUUGGAACCAACAACUCCAAUCAGGGAAACUAGGAUGAAAAGAAUAAUCAUUCAUGGUUUGAGAUCUGAGUACAGAAACUUUGUUACUGCAAUACUGGGAUGGAAAAUUCAACCAUCACUUGUUGAGUUGGAGAAUAUGUUUGUUGGCCAAGAAGCCAUGGCUAAGCAAAUGGGCGGUGUUUCACAAAAAGGUGAGGAGGAAGCACUUUAUAUCAACAAAAGCAGAGGGAACUCCAAACAGUACAAUGUAUGUGGGUCAAAAAGAAGUGAUAAUAAGGAAAAUAAUCAUCAAGGAAAGAGGAAUUAUCAUCCAGGGGGAGCUUCAAAGAACUAUUGGGGGGAAAAUAAGAGUCCAAAGGAAAAGAGUGAAAAUGAUUGGGAUGUUGAAGCAUUCUUUGUUGUAGAACAAGAUGAGUUAACUCUUACAGUAACAACCUCUAAACAAAUUGACUAUCAGAAUGACUAG